AUGCUCUAUCGCUCUAUCUAUAUAUCUAUCUAUCUAUCUAUCUAUCUCAAUAGCUUGAAUAUUUCUUUAUUUCAUUUGAAGUUUGUUUACUCCUUAUUUCUCUCUCCCCCCUCCUUUUGUGGUUCUACUUCUCCUGGCAAUCAAACCAUUCCAUCUAGAGACUGUCCAUCAAUGUCUUUCACCUACAGCCAUUCAGUUCAUUCCAUCUUGAGACUGUCCAUCACUCCAUUCCAUCUUGAGACUGUCCAUCAAUUCAUUCAAUCUUGUGACUGUCCAUCAAUGCCUUUCACCUACAGCCUGGCCAUCAGUUCAUUCCAUCUUGAGACUGUCCAUCAAUGCCUUUCACCUACAGCAUGGCUAUCAGUUCAUUCCAUCUUGAGACUCCUGGCAAUCAAACCAUUCCAUCUAGAGACUGUCCAUCAAUGUCUUUCACCUACAGCCUGGCCAUCAGUUCAUUCCAUCUUGAGACUGUCCAUCACUCCAUUCCAUCUUGAGACUGUCCGUCAGUGCCUUUCACCUACAGCCUGGCCACCAAUUCAUUCCAGCUUGAGACUGUCCAUCAAUGCCUUUCACCUACAGCCUGGCUAUCAGUUCAUUCCAUCUUGA